GUUUUUUUUUUUUUUAAAAAAAGGAAAAAAUGUCUCCUUCUUCGCUCACUGAGUCUGAGUUUUCCCGUAUCUGCCGUCUGAUCAACGAUUCGCUCCGCCCUUUCACCGAGUCGGGGAAUCUCUCUUUCAGCAAACAAGAAGAGAAAAACCUCCUUCUCAUUCUCUCUCAGGUCUCAAACGAAACUCGCCGCUUGAUUCAGUCGACUGACACCUCUUCUUCAUUAAACCCAAACUCACAAAACCACCAUUGUUUAUCUAAGGCAAUAUCUCACUUGGUUACUUUGUUUACUCGGGAAAGCCGAUACAUUCAACAUUUAGCUGGCAAUAUUCUCGUAACCCUCUCUGAAUUUCUAGCCUCAUCUGUAAGAAGCUGGAAAUUUUUUAUCCAUUCGCUCUGUAUUUGCUUCGAAUUAUCAAUCUUGAACUUAUCUUCGUGUUCCUUUGAACCUUCAAUAACUGGAGUUGGGGGUUCGGGUUCUGACUUAACGAGUGUCGUAGUUUUGUUUAAGCCUAAGUUGAAAAAUACUUGCUUGUUUACAGUAGCUGGAAUAAUUCGAAUAUUAAGAAAUAUGCUGAAGUUUUUGAAGGAAGAGUGUGAUGAUGAGCUUGUUCUGGUGUUUUUAAAUUCGAUAAGCUUUUCUAUUUUGAAUGCGCCUUGGGAUUCAAUGGAUGAGAUCUUCGGUGGAACCGGUAGUGAAAAGGAUGGGCCCAGGAAUUUGUUCUUGGGGAAUUUUAUUCAGUUGCUAUGUUCUUUUGUUGAGCAAUUUAGUUUUGCAGAAGGAUUAGAUGAUUCCGUAGAUAAGCAAGCGAUUCUUUCCAAAAUUAUCAACCUUGUACCUAAACUUCUAUCUUGGUGCCUUGGCAAGAAAGCUGAGUGUAACGAUACAUGCAUCUCUCUGUACUUCAAACACAAAUUAUUGGUUUUGAUGAUCAGACUUAGUUUCCAAAUACCCCUAGAUGGUUUGGUCCUUGUUUCCUGGUUGCAGCUUCUCCAUUUUUACUUUGAAGACCUUUUAUGCCAUCCUUCAACUGAAUCUGAGAAUCAAGAUGAUUGUCUAGAAGGCUCUCCUUUUAUGUUAAGUUAUUCUGAUGGAGAAGUACAUGAUAUGCAGUCUGGCCAUUUACAAAGACAGGCCGUUUAUCUUUUCUUGAGGUGUUCAUCCCGUUUGAUAAAUCCAGCCAAAGAUACUAGCAAGCAUUAUCCUAGUUAUGCAAUUUCGGAGUUGAGUUGUUAUGGUAGAGAGAAAGGUUUAUCAGACCUACAUUCUUGGCUUUCUAGACAUGUUCCAGUCGAUGAGCUUGUUCCCCAUGAAACAUACUGGGAGAAGUCCAUAAACUUUUCAUCUUCCCUCCUCAAGUUGUAUAUACAUGAGGAUGACAUAUUAUUCAAAUUGCUCUUGGAACUGCUUUCUCUACAAGCUUGUGAAGAACAAUAAUUUCACAAAGAAAGACGGUAACCUCAAGAUGAGACGAUAGAUGUUCUUUUUCAUGUUAUAGAUAUUUUUAAUCCCAUACGCCUAUUUCAUCUGUUCCUUGCAGAGUUGCACUAUGAUCAUCAAGUUCUUCUCGAUUAUCUCAUCUCCAAAGACACAGGAAUUAGUUGCGCAAAGUAUCUCUUAAAGUGCUUGCGCAUCGUAUGUGAUAAUUGGCAAACAUUUACAGAGUUUUCAGUUUACGGAAAACAAAGAAAUCAAUUAUCUGACAAGAGAAGAAAAUUUUUGUUGCAAAGCUCCAAUUUUAAGACAGAGCCUUCAUCCGGACCUGUGAAAACGAAAACUUUGUGCCUAUAGAAGAAAUUUAAAGGUGGCAUCGAAUAUGGACACAUGAAAGAAAUGUAUGAGCUUGCCAAGGAUUGUUUGCUUUAUCUAAAAAAUUCUGCGGAGAACCUUCACCGGAAGAAAUUGUUUCCAUACAAUCCGGAAGCGCUUCUAAAAUGCCUAACAACAUUUCAGGAACUAUGCUUUAAAGUGCAGGAUGGAUACAUUCUGAUGAGGAAUGAAAGGCGUAGUCAGCAUGACUAUGACCUUGGUGUCACUGUUCAAUUUCAUUCAAUGAAAAGAAGAAGCGUUCCAAACGGACGCUUAUGAGGCAACUUAGGACAACUCCAAUAAUUUAGAGAUAUGUUGGUUAUAUAAGAUUACAAAGGGAAGCGAUUGAAGGUUUUCCAUAAUGUAAGAGAGUGAACCAAAAGAGAUGGAGAAGAAAGAGGGUCAUUUUGUGAUCGUUCAUAAUGCCUUCCAUGGAGCUUGGUGUUGGUACAAAGUGAUAACACAGCUCAAAUCAAUGGGCCACAUGAUUACAGCUUUGGAUAUGGCUUGGUUUUGAGAUUCAUCCAAUGCAAUUUUAUGAGGUUCACUCAAUUCCCGAUUACUUUGAACCAUUUGUCAACUUCAUGAAAGCAGAGGAUAGGGUGAUUCUAGUUGGUCAACAGUAUGGGCUGGAAUAGCACACCCAGCUGCCAUGGAAAUGGAAAAAGAUUCCCUGAAAAAAUAGGUGUUGCAGUGGCAUAAGUUGAUAUGAUUCCCAUUGCACAUCAUAAAAACAUACAAUCAUCACUUUUAGACAACAGAUAAAGCCAGUUUUGUUAACUCUAAUUG